GGUCAGGUUUAUUCAGAAGCGUUGAAGUGAGAAAGUGGAAGGUCCAUUAUUGUUCUGUUUUUGACAUUUUUAGGUGAUUUCAGCCUACGUCUGAAUAGCCUGACUACUCGGCGAGGAUGACAGACAGUGAUGACAAGAAGCUUGAUGAAGGCCAAACAGAGCCAGUCUAUGGAGGCUGCGAAGGACCAAACGCAAUGUAUGUGAAGCUGAUUUCCAGUGAUGACCAUGAAUUCAUAAUCAACAGGGACUAUGCCUUGACAUCAGGAACAAUCAAAGCUAUGUUAAGUGGCCCAGGCCAGUUUUCUGAGAAUGAAACCAAUGAGGUCCACUUCAGAGAAAUUCCUUCCCAUGUGCUGGCCAAAGUGUGUACUUAUUUCAUGUACAAAGUACGAUACACCAACAGCAGUACUGAGAUUCCAGAAUUUCCCAUCGCCCCGGAGAUUGCACUGGAGUUGCUGAUGGCUGCAAAUUUCCUGGAUUGUUAAAGGUUUUUUUUUUUUUGCAAAAUAAGCAAUGAUUGACACGCCCAUCAUUAAUUUUGUGAUAAUUUGUUUUUGCUUUUGAAUGUUGUUUCCUUAUCUGUGACAAUAGUCUUCAUUUAACAUCUUUGCUAAAGGCUGCCAGAUUCUCAGUCAUUUUCAGAGAAGUCAAUAUUAAAUAUUUCCUCAAGCAAUAUCAGAAGUACAUGCCAGACAAAAACUUCUGAAUGUUAUACAUUUCACAGCUUAAUACGAAAUAAUGAUCAAUGAAAACUUGCUGACAAAUACACUGCACAUCAUUGUAUCUGAAAGUCAGCUAAAGAGCUUAUUAAAACACUGUGUAUAUUUACUUUCUAGCCCAACAACAAACUAUUUACUAGAAAAGUAGUCUUUCAAAUAGGAAAAACUAAAUUGUUUUUCUUUAAGGGACAUGUGAUAUUAAGAGCAAAAAAGUGUAUAGAAUACAUCAUCAGAAGUUACUGUUUUCAUCUUUUUUUACAGAUUUAGAGUGUGUGUGAUUUUAGUUAAGUGUCAGACGAGUAUAUCAAUAGCUUGUGAAAGAUAUUGCAUUAAUUCGUAUUGAAUGUACUUUUUGUUAACAUCAGACUGGUUUUGUAAGAUUUAUUAAGUACAAGAAAUGGUUUGAAAACAAAAUAAAGGGAUGGAAAGUCUGUUUAAAAAAC